AUGGAGGGCUUCGCUUUGCGUGAAGGAGUGGUCGACACUUUUAACUUCUAUCCGACAGCCGAGAUGUGCGUUGCGAACAUAGUCAAGAUCGCAGCACGCAAGCUAGAGAAGUGGAUCUCUGAGCCGGUGCCACCCAUCGAUGAGCAACGGCCGCAGAAGCGCUGCAAGACGAAGGCCAGCAGCAGCAUCAAGAGGGGCUCGAUGGAUGCGAUUGCCGAGAACAGGCCUUUGAUGGUCUACGACCCCGAGGGUCCUGUCGUCAAAUACCUCACGCAGACGAUUCCGUUGGUCAAGGUCGAGAUACCGAAUGCGACAGAAGCCGCAGCGGGCAAACGACUUGUGCUGAACAAUCGCAGCGAUGCAAAGUUCCAAAUUCCCAAGUACGUCUUGGAGGGCAGCUUGCCUCUGGGCUGGAAGAUCACGUUGAUGGACACGAAGGUCAAGCUGGCUGUGCACUACUUGGACGAUUCCCAGGAUUCAUCUGCAGGACCUUGGCGGUUCUACUACUUGAUGGACCCAUCCAUCGGCAAGGCCGUGCAAAAGGCUCUGGGCCGCAACACUGUGCCCAAGAAGGACAUCCAUCCGGAUUCCUUCCUGUACUUCACGGCUUUUAGCGCGCCCGUGCUGCUUGCUUGGUUCCUUUGUUCGGAGGCCAGCUUCACCCAUCUGCCCGAGGACAUUGAGAAUGUACAGGCAUGCCCUUUGACGGAGUACUGGAUUUGCCAAUGUGACAGCAAUCCGAAGACGAAGAAGAUGACCGUCAAGGUGACGUUGGAGACGACCUUUCAGCAAAGCCUCAAGGAGGCGAAGGUGGCCCACAUGGAGCGCAAGAUCCGCCGCAAGCAGCAGCAGCUUCGGGUGCUGGAGCAGCGCUGCGAGGGCUUGAAAGAGGGCUAUGCUGAGGGUGAGGGCAUGAAGUUUCCAUCAAGCAGUGCUUAUCAGGGUCCCAAUGACAGGGAGGCCUCGACAUCAUCGUCGGAUGCCGAGUAG